AUGGCGCGCCGACGCAGCAGUCGGGCGCAAGAGCCUGCCGAGGUCGAUCCCGUCGAGGAACAGCCGCAGCCUGUCCAGGAGACGCCCGCCGACAUCCACGACGAGGACAUGGCCGAGGGCGACGAGGAAGAGCAGCAGGAACAGCACAGCCUCGUCUUCAACGAAGAGCUCUCGUGGCGCCCAGCCAAGCCCAUACCCAGCGCCACCUUGUUGGCCCGCCUCGAGCGCCUCUCCAAGGAGCUCGCCGACUUUGACCAGGGCGCUGUCGACCUCGAUUCUCUUAAGACCAUCGCCGCCCAGCUUGCCCACCGCAACCUCCUCCAGCACAAGGAUCGCGGUGUCAAGGCCUACACGGCCUGCUGUCUUGUGGACCUCCUUCGUCUCUACGUCCCAGACGCGCCCUUCACAGACGAACAGCUCAAGAUGAUGUUUACUUUAUUCGUCAAGGACAUCUUGCCUGCUCUUCACGACCCCUCAAAUCCAUACGAUAGCCAGCACAAAUACGUUCUCAUGUCCUUGACCGAAGUCAAGAGUAUCCUGCUCAUCUGCGAUAUCCACGGCGCCGACGACCUGCUCCUGCGACUCUUCAAUUCUGCUUUCGACGGCGUCUCAUCCAGCUCCAAAGCUUCGCCUGACGAGCAGGUAGCCAAAGAUGUCGAGAUCCACCUGACCGACAUGCUCAUGCACCUCAUCGAAGAGUCCCCCGGUAGUGUGCCGGCCAGUGUCAUCGACGCCAUCAUCAGUCAGUUCCUCCGAGCAGCGCCUCCUGGCGGCAACAAGUCCAAAGAAGCCAACGGCAAGCAAUUGACGCUCCUGCAUAAGACUGAGCCCCCUGCGUACAUCAUGGCCAAGAACAUCUGCAAUGGCUGCGCCGACAAAAUGUCGCGUUAUGUUAGUCAAUACUUUAGCGAUGUCAUUCUGAAUGCUUCUGGUUUCGCUACCAAGAAUGGAUACGGACACGGCGACGAUUCCGACGAAGAAGAUACCAAUGCAGGUCCCUCGGAAGCCGAUCUAAAGAGUCUGCGUCAGGCGCACGCCCUGAUUCGAGAGUUAUGGCGUGCCGCGCCUACGAUUCUGCAAAAUGUCGUACCACAGCUCGACGCAGAGUUGUCCGCCGACAAUGUUCAUCUUCGUCACAUUGCCACCGAAGCGUUUGGCGAUAUGAUUUCAGGCAUUGGUGCUGCUGGUCCCCCACCACCUCCUGCUCUCGAUCCUGCUGCCUAUCCUCCUGUGCGAUUGAUGGACGAGCCCGGUACUCCUACUGAGACCAAUGUUCUCACCACCCCAUUCUCACCUCAGUCCUUUGCUCAGUCGCACCACGCCACGUAUCGCAACUUUGUUAGCAGAAAGAACGACAAGUCUGGCACCAUUCGCGCAGCUUGGGUCACUGCCGUUGGAUACAUUCUCUCUACAUCUGCAGGUGGCAUUGGCCUUAGCAGAGAAGACGAGACUGAACUCGUCCGUGGUUUGGUUGACAAGCUGAGUGAUGGUGAGGAAAAGGUGCGCUUGGCUGCCGUCAAGGCCAUUGAAUUGUUUCAAUUCAGAGAUGUGAUUCUCAAACUCGGCGCUACCGGUGGCGUUGACAAGGAAGGCUCCCUCUUUGCCAGCUUGUCUGAUCGAUGCCGUGACCGAAAGGCGUCAGUCCGUGUGGACGCCAUGGUUUUGCUUGGAAAGCUGUGGGCUGUUGGCGCUGCAGAUAUCGAGGAUGGGCAAGAGACCGUGACUGCCUGUCUCGGCGGUGUUCCGUCCAGAAUUAUCAACUCUUUCUACGCCAACGACUCGGAUCUCAAUGUCUUGCUUGAUCGCGUCAUGUUUGAGUGCCUUGUUCCCCUCAAAUUUCCCUUGAUCAAGGGCAAGUCUGGCAAAGGCAACUCCAACAAGAAUGCUAUGAGUCAGGCAGAGCAAGAUAGCAUCCGCGCCGAGAGAAUCCUUCUAAUGCUCAAGGCUUUGGACCAGCCAGCACAAAAGGCUUUUUUCGCCAUGCAGGCGCGCCAACCGCAGUUCGCAAAGGGUGUCGCUAUCCUGAUUCAGCAGUGCGAGGCCUACAAUGGCGGUGUCAUUGACUCCAAUGAUGACAAGGUCAAGGCCAGCCUCGCCAAGACAAUUGACUGGAUUGGUCGAUUUUUCCCUGAUGGCCUCAAAGUCCGUGCCGAUUUGCAAAAGUUUGCCAAAUUGAACGAGCGCCGAAGCUACCAACUUGUCAAAUACGCUAUUGAGACAGAAAGUGAUUUCAAGACUGUGCGAAGAGCCAUCAGCGAACUCAUCACAAAACUGCAAGCUAGCAACGCAGCUGUUGCUCUCGACACCAUCAUCCCCCUUCUGUACCGAUCCAGCUCUCUCAUGUUCAACCGCAGUCACCUGGCAACGAUUAUGGAUUUUUCCAAGAGCGAUAAGAACGGUCUUGCCGCUGUUGCCCACCUCGUUCUCAACGACAUCUCGCAGCGCAAUCCUGAUUUGUUCAAGGCACACGCAGAGGAACUUCGGAAAGAAAUCAUCGAGCAGUCUCCUUCCGAGAGCAAGCCCAACGACGCUUCCGUGGUUGAUAUCCUAAAGGCAUACGCAUCAUAUGCCAAGAAGUACCCCAAAGACGUCAGCUUGGAUAGAAGCUUCACUCAGACUCUGACCAAUUAUGCCAUGUACGGCACACCACCAAAGGCAGCCAAGUACGCAAUCAAUAUCGUGCUCGCCAAGGAUGAUGACAAGAGCAAGAUCACUGCUACCAACCUGCUGCGCAAGACCAUGCAAGAUCUUGCGUAUGGAAAGCCGCACUUUAUAAACAAACUUGCCACAAUCAGCCAGUUGGAGCGGCUAGUGCCCAGUGUCACCGUGGAUGAGGGUGAUGCAAUUCAAGAUCUUACCAUCAAGUCGAUUCUUCGCCAAGUUCACACGGAUGCCAAACCCGGGGCUGACCCGUCAUGGGUGGACGAUGCGGAUAUGGAUGAGGAGAUCCAGGCCAAAUGUUUGGCGCUGCGCAUCCUUGCCAACCAAGCCAUUGCCAACCAGAACGAGCCCGAUUCCGAAACAAGGAUCAAGACAGUGUUUAAACUGCUGAAGACACUGGUGGUUAGCGAAGGCGAGUUCUGCAAAGUCAAGGACACUCCUCAACAUCACAAGAAAAGACUACGACUUCUUGCUGGUCUUUUGAUGCUCAAGCUGUGCACAAUCAAAAAGUACGACGAGCAGCUCGACCCUGUCACCUUCAAUAAGCUCGCAGAGCUGGUACAGGAUAGCGAAGUGCAAGUUCGUCGCCGUUUCAUGGAGAAACUUCAAAGCUACCUGACGCACGGCAAGCUGCGGGCCCGCUUCCUCACAAUGCUCUUCCUCGUUGCCUUUGAGCCUGCGCCAGAAGUGAAGAAUCGCGUCGAGACGUGGCUUCGAUCAAGGGCUCUGUACUACUCCGAGAACAAGAAGGAAGUCAUGGAGGCCAUCUUUGGACGACUCAUUCCGCUACUGGCUCAUCACCCGGAUUACAGCGCUGGCGUGGACGACCUGGCAGACUUUGCCAACUACUUCCUCUUCUACCUUAACGCGGUAGCCACCGAGGCAAACCUAGGUCUCAUUAGCAAGUACGCAGAGAGGACGAAGCAGACCCGCGAUGCAAUCAACCCCGACGCCAGUGAGAAUCUGUAUGUCCUCAGUGACAUGGCACAGGCAAUCAUUCGAAAAUUCCAGGACAGGAGAGGCUGGAGCUUCCGCGUGUAUCCUGGGAAGGUCGGACUGGCCACUGGUCUCUUUGCGCCACUGUCUUCUAGUGAAGUCGCGGAGGAGAUUGCAAAGAAGCAAUUUAUUCCAGAGGCGCUGGACGAGAAGCUAGAUACCCUACUCCGAUCUUUUGAACGCAAAAAGAAGCGCAAGUCGAUGCACGAACUCGGUGAGCCUUCGUCCAAGCGCUCAAGAACGCAGAUCAAGACCGUCAUUCGCGAAAAGGCAGCUCCGAAGCAGCCCAAGGCCAAGAAAGUCAAAAAGGUCAAGGCCGCCCGUCCGAAGAAGCAGCGUCGCGGGUCGCCGGCCGCGGAAGCCGGCGACCGUCGCCGCAGCAGCCGCGUCACCAAGGCUUCUGACUACAAGGAGCGCGACGACGAGGCUGACGAGGAGGAGAUGCUUGAUGGCGUGGCUGAGUGGAAGUAUGGCGACGACGACUCAUCGGAUGAGGGGAGCGACGAAGAGGGCGAGUCGGGCGAGGAGUCGGGUGAUGCUCAGGAAGAGGAGGAGGAAGAGCAGGAACCGGAGCAGGAGCAGGAAGAGCAGCCGCCCGCCGCCACGAAGAAUGGAAGACGAACACAGACGGCGAAGCCUGCCAUCAAAGCCAGUGUCUUGGCGGCAGCCCGAAGGGGAGGCCGACCUAAGCGUUCGUCUCGAGGGGACGACAUGGACACUGACGAGUAA